AUGACAACUAAUCAAAUCAGUCGUGCACAAGCAGCUGGUCGUCUUCAAGAAUCUAUCGAAAUUCUUCAUGAACAUUUAUCGACUUAUCUUCUUCUAGUUAUAAAUCAAUCUAGAAAAUCUUCUCAAGAUCAACGCGUUCUUCGAGAUGAAGUCAAUAACGCAGAUUUUUCAGGUCUUGCAAAAUUCAUAGCUCGAGAUCAUUGGAAUGACUUACUUCUGCAUCGAAAAGGAGGAUGUCCAACACAAAUGCGUGCCUUGACUAGACGAGCUAUAGAUAUUCGUAAUGCUGUCUCUCAUCAGAACUUUGACAUUGAUAAAUAUGAACAUGCUCUAGAAACACUUGCUAAAUUGGCUACGACUAUUGAUAAACCUGAUGCAGCUCGAGAUAUUCGUGCGAAGACAACUGUUUCGUUGACGUUAGAUGCUUGGGAAGAAUUGAAAGAGAAUGGUAAUGCGUGUUUCAAACGAAAACAAUGGACAGAAGCCAUGAAUUAUUACACUCAAGCAUUGCGUUUGAAUCAGAAACAGCCAGUAUUGUAUGUCAAUCGAGCUUUAUGUGAAAUUAAUUUGGCUAAAUAUGAACUGGCUCGAGAAGAUGUUGAAGAUGCAAUUGAGUUGGACUCAACACAAGUUAAAUACUAUAGAAUUUUGUCCGAAGUCCUAAUGGCAUUAGAAUUAUUUUCCGAAGCAGAUGGUGCAUGUACCGAUGGGUUGAAAAUCGAACCUCGUGAUUCUGUUCUUCUUUCACGACAACGUGAUUGUCGUGCACACUUAAUGACAUUGUAUACCGAUGUACAUAAUCCGCGUUCUAUUCAACCUGAGCCAAAAUCACGUGAUGACUUUUUAUCUCAAAUGAAAGCUCUCAUAAUCACACCAACGCCAUGCAAUGAAGAUGUUAUAGAUAUUACGGAUUUUCCGACUUGUUUAAAAGUAAAUAAUUUAAUGAUUGAAAUUAAACGUCUUUUUAGAACGGACAAAGCUGAGAAUGAACAACGUAUUCUCCAACUAUACGAAGAGACAGCUCGUCUAGGUAGUGCAGAAGGUUAUUAUAAUUUGGGUGUAAUUUAUGGCAAAGGCGGAUAUGCUGGUGUCGUACGAGAUUAUGCUAGAUGGAAAUUUUAUCAAGAAAAAGCAGCAGCUCAAAAACCUUACUGUCGAUUAGGUGAUAUGAUCCUUCGAAAUAUAGGCGUAGCUGAAGCUGAAAAUAGUUUGGGUAUUCUCUAUCGAGAUGGAGCCGGUGUUGACAUCGAUCAAAUAAAAGCUACUGAAUAUUUUCGCCGAUCAGCUGAACAUGGAUGUCCUGAAGGACAGAAUAAUUUUGCUGUUGCACUCUUGAACGGCUUAGGCAUAAAAAAAAACGAAGAAUGGGCUCGAAGUUGGUUUUCAAGAGCAGCACAAUGUGGUAUUGCUGAAGCUCAAGUCAAUUACGCCGAUCUUCUGGCUGAUGGUAUUGGAGGUCCUACUGAUAUUUCACAAGCAUUGAAGUUUUAUCGUCAAGCUGCUGAUCAAGGUUAUCCAGAUGCAUUGAAGAAGAUCCAAGAGGUACAAUCUCGUAGAGGUAUUUCGUUCGAACCUGUUGUACAUGAAAAUAUAGUAGAGAACAAUCCUCAUGCACUCAUGUUACUCGCAUCGAAUUAUGCACGAGGAGAAGGUGGUUUUCAUAAAAAUAUGAAUCUAGCUGAAGAAUAUUAUCGUCGAGCUGUUGAUUGUGGUAAUAUAGAAGCUGAAUUUGCAUUAGCUGAGAUUUUACUCGAUCAUUUCAAACGAAAUGCUGACGGAUUUGAUUCAAUGAAGCGAGCAGCAGAAAAAGGUCAUGCUUUGGCACAAUGGCGUCUCGGCAAACUCUUCGCUUAUGGACAUGGAUGUCAACGAAAUUUGGAUGAAGCACAUCGUUGGUUGAUACGAGGCAAACGACAAGGUAUUAAGUAUAAUGCGAGUUCUGAAAAAAGUACGAUGGGAAAAGAGAUCAACAUUGAUCAAGAAUUAACAAUAGCGAAAGCUGUAUAUAACUUUGAACAAAAGCAUCCAGAGUUAUCUAGCGAGGGAAUAACAAUCGAGGAACGUAUAGUUCGACUGUUAAAUCAGCUGUUACCAUCAAACAUACAACAAAUACCUAAUGUCGCAUCAUUAUCGGAACCUAUUGACGAGACUACAAUUUUAAUUCCAAAUGAAUAUUCCUUAUCUAAUAAGGAAGUGUUUGAAGAAGUUGGACGGCGUGCAAAUGCUGGCUCGAUUACUGCUCAACUAUAUCAGGUGGCGAUUGUGAUGUUGAUGGAAGCGUUAGAUGAAGAAGAAAACUCGCCUGUCACAGCUUUAUCUCUCUUGCGAAAUGCUUACAUACUCUGUGAACGCUUACCAAUUCCAAUGUCUUUUUCUGUAAUCGCUCAAACGCAUUUGGGAGUUAAUCCUUACGAUGCUGAUGCUCUGCAUCUCAUUGCUCGUAUAGAACAUCGAAGUUUCAAAGAACGUGUAAGACUUCUUGAAGAAUGUAUUAAACACAAUCCACUUGCUGCUGAUAUUCAUCAUUUGUUAGCGGAUAUGUAUAUGUUUAUUAAUGAAUAUGAUAAAGCUGAACGAGCGUGUGCACGAGCACUUGAACUUGAGUUUCAUCCCGGUUGGUUAUAUACACAAGCAGAUGCCAUGACAUUUUUGUAUGAUAGUCGAAAUUCGAAUAGAAUGAUACCAAGAAAAGGCUUUCGUCCUCGUAGUACAGCUGAUCAAACUAGCAGUGAAAUAAUGUCGAAGACAUCGAUCGAUAUUACCAAUAAGAUAAUUGCUACAUACAAUCGUUUUCUGGAGCUCAAUCCAGUUGAUCAUCGAAAAGUGCCUAUGGCACACUUUGCUCUUGCAUUCAUCUAUAUGUCACGUAAUGAACCAGAACUCACAUAUCAUCAUUGGCUCAAAUUGCAAGAAACUGAUGAUCCAAGCGUACGUCUUCCGUGCCAUCAACCAGUUGAUAUAACUUGCCAAAUGAAAAAUAUGAUGCAGAUUUGGUUUGAAAAACAAGGUCUGUUGUUAACAACUCCAUUCACUGGUUUACAAUUAUCGCCUACAUCACCAGCCGAGUCUAAAGAACAUAUCCAAGUGUGCGAUCAAUGUAAAAAACCAAAUCCACCGAAAAGUUGUCCAUGUCGAAAGGCUAAUUAUUGA